CGGAAGAGCCCGCGUGGAUCGAACCGAGGAAGCGAUCAUUACAGGGAUGCCAAAAAAACAGUUGACGCCUGCGAUAGCCGUCGUAACUCAACAACACGACUGUUCCAGCCUGUAGAACCUCAUCUGCUCUUUUGCGCAUUGUGAAUAAACGCGGAUUGUUCACGCUAGACGACAUGAAUGGGAUCAAUGACGCGUCGACGAGCUCCAAGCUCCUUUGGAGACAUUCCUCUCCACAGUCUACGCCGAUGUACCAGUUCCUCCAAUUGAUAAACCAGACUUAUGGACAGCAGCUCUCGACCUACCAAGACUUGCACAAAUGGAGUAUCGAUAAUAUUGACGACUUCUGGCUAAGAACUUGGGACUUUGUCGGCAUCAGGCACCAAGGGGUUCCAUUGUCGGCUGUCGACGCUGAUGCGCCCAUGUUCCCUCGUCCCGCCUUCUUCCCUGGAGCAACAUUGAACUUUGCGGAGAACCUACUCUUCCCUACUCAACAAGUCGAUGCCGAUUCUCCCGCCGUCAUCGCCGUAACCGAAACCACACGCGAAACAGUGACAUGGAGAGAGCUGCGGGAAAGAGUCAGGCUGUGCCAGACAGGAAUGAUAGCGUUGGGGUUCAAAGAGGGCGAUCGAGUCGCAGGAUAUGUCGCCAACCAUACAAACGCACUGGUAGCCAUGUUGGCGGCUACUUCGUUGGGAGGAAUAUGGACUGCUGUCAGUCCAGAUACUGGUGUACAUGCGGUACUGGAACGUCUGCGACAGAUUGAGCCCAUAAUCCUUUUCGCGGACAAUGCAGCGUACUACAACGGCCGAAGUCAUCCCGUUUUGCCCAAGGUCAAUGACAUCGCUAGUGAACUCCCAUCCCUACAAGCAGUUGUAGUCUUGCCUACUGUAGCUUCAGUAGAGUUUGAUGUCAAUUCCUUGACAGUACCCUCCGGGAAGGCUUUCCACUAUGCUACUUUUACGUCUUUGAGCCCGGGAUCCGAGCUUAUCUUCAAGCAACUUGAGCCAGAUCAUCCAGUCUAUAUCCUCUACUCGAGCGGGACCACUGGCGCACCAAAAUGCAUCGUCCACGGCGCCAUUGGCACCUUGCUUCAGCACAAGAAGGAACAUAUCAUUCACUCCUCAAUCACGCCCCGCUCAAGACUUUUCUACUUCACUACGUGCUCCUGGAUGAUGUGGCAUUGGCUCGUAUCAGGCCUGGCCUCGGGCGCAACUCUAGUGCUCUACGACGGUUCGCCCUUCCGCUACAUCGAUAAGACCGAUCCCUCAACAUCAGUUCCAGACGAUCUUGCUAUGCAUCGUCUAAUUGAAGAGUUCGGUGUAACCCAUUUCGGCACUUCCGCAAAGUAUCUCUCCAUACUAGAGCAAAAGUCUGUCGACCCUAAAGCUGCGGGACUGAAACUGGAUGGGCUAGAAGCGAUUUACUCCACGGGCUCACCGCUCGCUCCGUCAACCUUCUCCUACGUCUACUCCGUCUUUCCAUCAAGAAUCAACCUCGCCAGCAUUACAGGUGGCACCGAUAUAAUUUCUCUUUUCGGUGCCUCAAAUCCCCUUCUUCCUGUCUAUGAAGGCGAGAUUCAGGGACCUGGUCUCGGCAUGGCCAUCGCAGCUUACGACUACACGGGUACCGACAUCUCGUCCACGGGUGAGCCCGGUGAUCUGGUGUGUACAAAACCGUUUAUAUGUCAGCCAGUAGCAUUCUGGGGCUUACAGGGCGAGACAAAAUACCAAAAGUCUUACUUCGACAAGUUUGUGAAUGCAAAGAACCAACCCAUAUGGCAUCAUGGCGAUUUUGUGCGCUUCAACCCAGAGACUGGUGGGCUGUGGAUGCUUGGGCGCAGUGAUGGCAUCCUCAAGCCUGCUGGUGUUCGCUUUGGGUCUGCGGAGAUCUACAAUGUGGUCCUCGAGCACUUCCCAGAGGAUGUCGCUGACGCGUUGUGUAUUGGCCGAAGACAAGAAACGGACACAGAUGAAACAGUCAUUCUUUUCUUGAAGAUGGAAAAUGGCCAUAAAUUCACAUCUGAGCUCGUUGAUAAGAUCAAGGUGACGAUCAAGACGGCGCUCAGUGCACGGCAUGUACCAAGCGUGAUAGAUGAGUGCCCUGAGAUUCCAGUCACUACGAAUGGAAAGAAGAUAGAAGGAGCAGUCAAGCAAAUAUUAUGUGGUAUGAAUGUCAAAACGAGCGCCAGCGUCGCAAAUGCGGAAUGUCUGGACUGGUAUCGAGCAUGGGCGAGGACGCAUUGAGCUGUACAAUCUAAUCACCACCGAGUUGAUGGAAGGCCUGUGAGGCUGAUCGAAAAUCUUAAGCGCCCCUUUCACUUGCACUUGAGUUCAAGUCAAAACUUGACUCACCCGGAGACCUCAAGCAGAUGGGUAUCCGACGGUCG